UUUGCAUGCAGCAAUAAGAGAAAAAAAGAUCAAAUUAAGAGGUGAUUAGAAUUAGAUUGUUAAUUAAUUAGUGCAAUUAGUUAAGGAUAUGGAUGUGAUAGCCAUUCCACUCCCAUAUCAAGGCCAGAUAAACCCCAUGCUUCGCUUGUGCAACUGCUUAUCCGCCAGGGGAGUCAAAGUCACCUUACUCCUCACCCACUCCGUCGCCAAGUCCAUGCAAUCCUCCCUCUCCGACCAGGCCGCGGCGGCCGUCGAGUUCAUCUCCGACGGGACCGACGUCGGAGACCCACCGCGCAGCUUCGGCGAGUACGUCGCCUGCAUGCGCGCUGCCGUCUCCGAGGAUGUCACCGCGGUCUUAGAGAAGAAGAAGAAGAGCGGCGGCGGAGGAGAAGGAGUGGUGGUGUACGACUCCUUCAUGCCGUGGCUAGUGGAGGUGGGGAGGGCGGCCGGGUUUCGGGUGGCGGCGUUUUUCACCCAGACGGCGUCGGUUUGCAGCAUCCAUUGCUACCACCGCCGCAUGGCGAUGCUUCAAGGCGGGCGUCGUCGGGCGGAACAAGAGGAGGAGGAAAGAGUAUUGCGGUUUCCUUGCUUGCCGGAGAUGGAUUCCGGCGACCUGCCGUCCUAUUCGUACUUCGGAGAAAUUGCGGAAGAAGUGGCGGUGUUUGCGGGGAACCAGGCCUCCAACAUGCACCAAGCUGACUGCCUUUUGUUCAACACAUUUGACGCUUUGGAACCAGAGGUAAUUAAGGAUUAUGUGUUAAUUUAAAAAGUGAAAUUACACUAAAACAUAAGUCAUUUAUCAAUGUAAGACUUGAAUUUUUUUAUUUCCUAAAUAGGACUUAAUAAUAUCAAGUGAAAGGAAUAAUCACAGGCGGACCCACCUUGAGUCUUUUGGGGUCCGGGACCCCACGGACUCCAGUGUAGGUCCAUAUAGGUAUUAGGUUUGUACUGUGGCAACAACAAGUGUUGAACGGUCUUUUUCGGGAAUAAAGUUUGUGAAGAAUGAAUUUCGGAAUAAAAUUUGUGAUCAAUG